ACUACAAUCUCUGUAGAUAAGUAACUAACGUUAGUGAUCAUCAGUUAGUUCACUGAACUCGGGAUGAGUCUAUAAACUCCUCCUGUGACAGUAAAAGUCGCUUGUUCAUUUCAACAGGAGUCAUCUUCCCUCUAACUAAGCAUUAGAAAGAUCAAACUAAUGAAGGGGAUUAUCAUUAUUAUGAGUGCGCUCUUGGCGCUAACUGCUGGAAAACCUCUUGAAUCGGAUCAUGAGGAACUCCACCUGUCCCUCAAUAAGCAGCUGCUGCGUUCUGUGGACAUUCAAGAUAAUCUGCCCAAUCCGAGCGUGCACAUCGCCCUGCGGCUCUCAAAACAACAUAACCUAGCUAAAGAAAGCGAACAUCUCAACCGUCUCAAGACAGACUUUCAUAAUGAUGUUGAGAAAUCUCUCAAAAACAAUGAGUUGGCGGUUGGCCGUCUUGCCCUAUACAUCUUGGCAUUGAAGUCUUCCUGCCAUGACCUGGAAAGCCUGUAUCUCGCUGGUAAUGAUGAUCGGGAACCCCUCUUUACUCAUCUGAAGAGAGAGAUGGAAGAGGAGAAACAGAACAUUGCAUUCAGUCACCGCCCAAAGACCAACUACUAUCAGUAUUCUCUAGGAAUCCUGGCUUUGUGUGUAAGUGGCAUUAGGGUUAAUGCCCAUGUCACCCAGAAACUCAUCCAUGCUGUUGAACAUGGACAGAUUAAACAUGGAGAGUCCUUAUGUGUGGACACCCAUGCUAUGGCAGGCAUGGCCCUCCAGUGUCUGAAAGAUGAGGGAACUGGUUUUAAAGAUCCAGAGGAGCUGGACAAGGCCCUUGCCACCAUUAAGCAGAGGAUUCUUGACUCUAAAAGAGCUGAUGGCCACAUGGGUAAUGAGUUUAGCACUGGACUGGCAGUGCAGGCCUUAUUGGCUAUGGGCAGUUCAAUGAAUGAGUUCGCCACUGCUAUGGAGGCUUUAAGGGCAGAUGCAAGACAAGGAACCUAUCAUAACCCCAUGGCCAUUUCCCAGGUCCUGCCUGCCCUACAGCAAAAAUCAUACCUCAAUCUGAAGAAGAAAGAAUGUCGCAGCGAGGAUGGUACAUCCAAACUCUACACUCUUGUUUUGGAUGCCAUUACCGAAACAGAAGUUCCUCCAAGUAAGGAGAAAGUGUCUCUACAGGUGGAGGUCAUUAAAUCAAACGGUGAAGCAUCACUUUAUUUUAUUCACGUACCCCGAGGCUCCUCGCUUUUCGAAGCUCUCAGUUUUCUCCAGGACAAGCAAAAAGAUUUCAACUUUAGUACACAAGAGAGCUUAUGGGGGCCAUUCCUGAGUAUGGUGAAUGGCGAACAAGCACGUCAAACUGAUCGCAGAUACUGGCAUAUUUCCACUGAUGGCACCUCUCUGAACCAGGGUAUCAAAGACUAUAAGAUUGACUCGGCUCAAAAAAUCACCUUUAAGAACACUGGGUACUGAGUCCUUUGCGAGUACCAUGGAUGCAAGCAGAGAUGAAUAAGAGGAAGUUAAUAUGUAAAUCCAUUGAAUUCCUCUGUUGUAAUUGACUUUUUAUUUUCUCUAUAAUUUUUACGUUUGAUGAUUGCCUCAUUGACGUUUGGUUUCCUCCUAAAAUAAACAGAACAGUAUUGUACUGAAAGAUUUUACAUAAACAAAUCUUUGAGAUCUAAUCUGUUUAAUUUUUUUGAUGUGAAUGUACCUACUGCCAUUUUAAAACAGUAAAUAAAAUUAGAAAUGUUUUAUUCUUUAUUUUAUAUACAUUUAUUAUUAAAAUGUCUGAAAUCACAGUGUCUUUUACUUGAUCAGGAGAUCAGGCUACAGUGUUUAACAACAUACUACUUCAAAAAUUGUUUCAUUAAAUAUGUUAUUCACAAAAUUAAACAAUUGAAUGAAA